AUGAGAUGUCGAGGUGAGACUUGGAAUUUAGAAAAUAGAGGUAGAUUUGGUCGUGACUUCUAGAUUUGCAUGUGUCUGUGCUUUUGGUGGUUGGCAGGUAUUCUGGAGAUUUUCGCUGUCCUUGCUGGCCUCUUGAUACUACUAUGGGGACUCGCCAUUACAUUUGACAUCAAGAAUAACCCACUACAAAUUGUUGGUAUGCCAUUUUCUGCUUAUUAUACCCUGAAUUGCUGAGUUACUACAGCACAUUGAUAUAGUGUUCAUAUAAUGUGUAUUUUUCUCAAUCUCAGGGUUCCAUUAUGGUGAACAAGUCACAGACUUAUCAGGGGACAGUAAGUUCAAACUGGUAUGACCUGUUUUUCCUCACCUUGACUGCAUGCAUGACUGCACCUCAAAGCACAUUUUGAUUUGAAUUUUUUAGAGUCCAAAAGAUGUAGUUUGCCAGAACCCUGUCCACCCGAAUCUUUUCCUUUCCAUAUCUGGAGUGGAGCAGCUAAUGUUGUGGGACCAAAGAUCUGCUUUGAUGGUAAAGUGUAAGUGUCUAGCAGUCCUUGCAUUAUCCAAGAGUAACUGUCUUUUUGUCUUGUUUUUCAAAGUUGGAUUGAAUGGAGUACUUAUCAAUUAUUAUAUUGUUAAGCAAAUGACCGGAUGACACAGAAUCUGAGCUGAGUACAGCUUCAGACAAGGACAUGAGAGACACAUUUGGUGUCUUAGUAUUAAAUGGGACACCUUUUUAAAAAAAAAAAAAGGCUCAAGUGUACUUUUUGGUUUUGAGUGAUUUUAGCCCUUGAUUUUGACCUCAGCAGCCCUUUGCUUUGAUACAGUAGCUGCGUUUGCAUGAGUACAAUAAUCGUAAUAAAUGCCCGAUCUGAAUAAAAAUGCAUCAUGUAAACAUGUCGAUCAGAAGAUUCUGAUCCAGUUCAGCUCAAUCAGAAAGAAAUUGUAUUCCGAUCAAGAGGGGUGGUUUAUGCAGAUCGUUAUUCCGAAACGCGUCCAUGUAAACUUUUACUCCGAUUGUGACUCUCUUACCUGACUCGAUCUUCACUCUUUAGCCUUUGGCUUAUUUGUUGAUCCCAGUACAGGACGUUUCAUUAGCUGCCGUGUCUGCGCCUCCUCAACUUAAUCGGAUCAAGAAAUUUUGCACAUGUAGACAUCGCUCAUGUUUCCAAUAGUGUUCAAACGAAUACCAGGAGGUACGCUUCUGUCUCUUGGGCCGAUGUCUGUUGAAUUAAAUCUCAUCUCACUUCUCUUUACAUACCAGUUUUACCAGUUCCUUCUUUGUGGAAGGAAGCCAAAAAACUGUACCUUUGAUUAGUAAUGACUGGCCCUGAUAGUAUGCUAACUUGCUCCACCCUCGACUUGACAAAUAAAUGAACAGCCACAACAUUUGUCCUGUAAAAGCCCUAAGUCUCUGUCCUUAGAUUUAUAAAAGUGUCCUUUUGUUCCAUGGAGAAUGCCAUUUUAUGUUUUCCACAACACAUAUUCUAUUUUUUUUUUGUGUCUAUUUUGCAAAUCAUGGCAAAGCCAAAAAGCUGAUCUGAUACUGUACAUGUGUAAGAAAACAGGGCUGUUGUGUAAAGUAUUAAAAAUACAAAAAUAUAGUACCAAAGGAAAGAGCUUUUCAUAUCAAACUGAAGCAACAAAGCUGCCUUUUCCAACUGUAGGACUCUUAAGUGGCUCAGAUACAUACUUCUGACUCUUAUAGCUUAGCUUCAAAACCAGGUCUGUUGCUUCAAACCAGAAUUUGACAGACUGACUGUCAUAAACUCGUACAUUUACGAUUGAUAAGUACCUCAUCCGACCCAACUGCAGCAUGUAAAAAAGUCACUCUGCACUGAAUCAACCUUGUUGGUAUCUCAACAGCAUUAUGAGUCAUGUGUUGAAUAAUGUUGGCUCAGGAAUCAACAUCGUGGUGAUAGAUGGUGAGUAAGAACUUCAAAUUCUUAUUCUGUACGUCUAUUUAAGGGAUUAUGUGUACUGAAUGGGCUGUUACACCUCAUACCACAUUCUGUUAAGUACUUUCUUCAUGCAUCAUCUCCAGUUUCGAUUUUUGUGUUGUCAUAUUAUCUUAACUUAAGACAGGUAUGUCAUCAUUUAUAAGUCCUUGUAUUGUCCUUUCAAGGAGAUAAAUAGUUUCUCUAGGUUUUAAUUAACUCUCUGUCUUAGAAACAGUAGCAAAUAUUCUUUUUUUUUCCCAAUAUCAUGAUAACAUUAGGACUUAAAUAAGUUUACACUCAGUACAUUAACAUGCAGUUAAAAAAUGUAUCUAUUGCGUUGUACCUGGACCUUUAAAAAACAUGCAAACACAUAGUCUCAUAGUCGGACUAAUAUACAUAGAUAAUGUGGUUGAGGGUUGAUUUCUUUUAUCAUGUAUUCAACUAAAUCAAACUGAGACGAGCCGAAGCGUUCUGCACAUGCUCCAGUGUUCACACGCCGGGCUCUGAGCCAGAAGCUGAAAAGCAAGAUAUGUUGCUAGGAAGCCAGGUAGAAAACAAAGCCUUAAAGAAUUCAAAGAAUAGACGUAACUAACAAGUGGCACAGAUCAGGAAAAGGACAGUAUUUUCAUCAUUGGAAUACAUCUCAUUGGCCUCUUGCCUAUGUGUUUUGCCAACUGUUAUGAUAUGUCAACAGAGAGAUGACCUCAUCGGAACAAGCAGGAAGGAGGCGUGUCACCACCUACUGUAGCAGAGGUGGACAUGCUUGUGUCAAUGAUUUGAUUCUUGCCCAGUGCAUUUAACUGGGACAAGUUUGCUGUGCAUGUAAACGUGCUGACUGAUAAAUAGGAGCAGACUGGCCAACCUUAAUUUUUGAUAAUCUCCUCCAUCCAGCUCUUCCAUCUUGUGUUUAACCAUAUUUGUCUUUUCUUUGAUACUGGGCAGUAGCAGUAGGAUUUCAGUUUUGAGACAUUAGCUUUACUCUUCCUGUUCUGGCACGCAGCAACUCAUCAGGCCUUUGACGACUCCUGUGCUGCCUAUAGACGGGUUUCUGUGCAAUGUCAUCGCAGGUAUGCGCGCGCAGCCUUGAAGCAGAAAGCGGGACAUUUCUUAUUUGUUUACUAGCGGAGUCAACCGAGGAAAAGGAAAUGACAAGGAGCUGUUGUGCUGUAAACUGCACGAAUUGGCAAAACAAACAAUCGGCAAACAUUACGACCCUGCUCCUGAUAUUAAAAACAUCUAAAACAACGUCACAACCUGGUAAAUUGGGUGAAAUUUAGUGUUUUUCUGAUUUUGGUGCAAUGAAAGACUACGACAGAGCAUUAGGGCCACAUUAAGAAAAGAAAAAUUUUAGACCUCGAAAUUACUUACGAGAAUAAAGUCAUAAUAAAGUCAUUUCUUACGAGAACAAAGUCUUACGAGAAUGCUCCCUCGUAGUCUUUCAGUGCAUCAAAAUCAGAAAAACACUUGCUGAAAUAUACAUAAAUUUCACUCAGUUUACCAGGUUGUGACGUUGUUUUAGAUGUUUCUAAUAUCAGGAGCAGGGUUGUAACAUUUGUUGAUCUUUGUUUUGCCGAUUCGUGCAGUUUACAGCACAUCGGCUCCUUGUCAUUUUCUUCAAAUUUCAAAUUUAUUUAUUUCACUUACACGUGCACACCCACCCACCCACAAACAUACACACACAGGACAGUGCUUGGUUGUUUUGCAUUUCGUCAUGGCUUUGUACCGAAGGUCCCAGUGAGGUAGAACGCAUGAGGAGACACUGGAGCUAGGAACUAAAAGAUUAAAACACAUAAAAUAAUGUUUCUUUCUUCGUUGACUCCGCUAGUAAACAAAUAAGAAAUGUCCCGCUUUCUGCCCCAAGGCUGUGCGCGCAUACCUGGGAUGAUGUUGCACAGAACUUGUCAAUAUGACCAUUGCAUUAUACUGGUAUCUAUAAUAAGAGACUUUUCAAACACUACUGAUAUUGUGUACAAGUACUAGUACUGGUCCUUAAGCUGGACCACAUGUAUAACAAUAGAGGAUGAACAAAGAAGAGAAAGCGGACUGUUUUAUAACUUCAACUAAAAUCACUUUUUUGUGAUUUAUUUAUUCAGGUUUAUUUUUUUACUCUUACUAAUUUCAGGUGAAAGCGGUGCUGUGGAAAAAUUUGGCUUUCUUAAUAUGGAGCAUGGAGGUAAGAGUUUUUCACAAAUAUUCGAAUCUAGUUUUUGGUUUCAGUUUACAAACACCUUCAAUAUGUUGCUUUUCCUUUCUUUUCUUUUUCUUUUUUUUUCCCAACUUGAACCAAAGACCAGAACCAUAUCGUGCAGUACUUGAAGGCCAUAAAACCUGGUAGUAUUGUUUUGGUGGGCUCUUUCAUAGAUUUGGCGCCUCGGUAAGUGCAGAUCUCAAUGAUGCAACUAUCUCAAGAGCUGCAACAAUUUCAUGUCAUAUCUAAGGUUUUCUUCUACUUCUACGACAGACUGACAGAUGAAGUAAAAGAGAUAUUUGAAGGAAUGGGAAGUGGUAUGAUCAAGACUAUAAAAAGCAAAGACGGCUGGGUGUUUGCUGGAAAGGCGGGGGCAGGAGAAAAAAGCCUCUUUGAGAAAGUAAGGGAGAAUUUAUCUGCAGUUUUAUUUGCCAUCUGUUCUUAAAAUCAUAAAGUAUGGGGAAAAAAAGUGUAGAUGAUUGGUUUUUAAACAAGAGUCUCUUUUUCUGUUUAUUUCAGGUGUCUGUGAAUGAUAAAGAAACCAACAUCUAUGAUGAAUGGCCGCGUGCAGUGGAGAUUGGCGGCUGUUUCCCUAAGACCUUACCCACUGAAGACGAUCCAAAAACUUCCGGAGAGAAAGAGAAAAUCUGA